AUGGGGACUAGACGUAGUCUAGCGAAAACUGAAGAUACCGUUAUUCCGAGAAAGGGAUUAUCAGCGAUGCACCGCGCAUUCUCAUUUCCAAUGACAGCGGAAAGGAGUCGAAAUAAGGAGCGAUUAGAGGCAAGCUUAGCCGGGCUUUUUGAACUGGAAUUGUUGAAACAGCGCCAGGAGUGCCUUGUUCUAAACGCUUUAUCCCUCGGGGACACUGUUCCGGGGCGUCCGGCAUGGGGUGACCUCCAGCCUCCGCGAUCUCCCCCAAACGCACCAAACCGGGGGCAAGACGACUUGACUUUGAGGCGCCAGCUGUGUACACCAUGGGGGCUGAUGUCAUCACUGGAGCAACAGGUCGGGGAACUGAGAGUGGACGCAGAGUCAGCCUCAGUGGAGCCCCCUACUGAUGUGGAGGACAGCCGACCAAGUUCAGGCUUCUAUGAGCUGAGUGAGGGCCAGUCUCCAGUGGGUCUGUCUGACUCGUCUGGCUUUGUGGACAUCUCCCCCUGCAACGCCCGCGCUAUUCGCCUCGCCUACGCUAACGACAGACCCAAAUCAGUGGGUGAUGUCUUUGUGGCCAACCGUGAGGGAUCUCUUGAAUCAGGGGCUCGUUCCAUGGUCCCUCGCUCCUUCUCUGCACCAUAUCCCUCGUUGGAGGGCAUUGCCGAGGGGGUUGGGGAGGAUGAGUCAUGGCCUUGGGACCCCAGUGACGUGUCGGGUGUGGAAGGAGAACCCACAGCUGAGGAUUAUCGGCAGGCACAUCGUGUGGAAUCCUACAUCCUGGGUCUGAUCCAGCGCCGCUCACUACCGGUAAGGCCCAGUAAACCCCGCACCAGUUUAGGCCCAGAGGUUCGAGGCGUGGUCCGUCAGAGCAGCCUCUGCCGCAAGGAGCCCCCCUUCACACAAGAGCACCGCAAUGCUUCUCCCAACCCAGAGGGCUCCACCUGGGCGUCAACCAGCCUUGAUGAAGAGCACUACAGUAGCAUGGCUCACGCCCAUGAGGACCAGCUUUCUGUGCGGUACCCCAGGCCCCGACAGGCUGUGAUGGCUGGAAUACGUUCCGCUUCCCUCGACUUUCCAUGCGGAGGACCGGCAGAUCCGAGCGGCAGCGAGGCUGAUUCACCCCAACGUUUCCAGAGCUAUCCGACCCCCCACUCACCAUCCUCGGACGAGCAGUUGGUUAACGCCCAGUACAUCCCAGCUCAGCCCUGCCAUGCCCCAACCAGAGCCACAACUCACAGAUCUCAGGCACCCCUCAAAUGCAGCCGCAACACCUACUCCCCUGAGAGAGCUCCGCCGAAGCCGCGGGUCAUGUCGAAGAAAUGUAGAUUCACAGAGGAGCGAGCGGCCGGCAAGAAACCCGGCCGCAAAGCCUGCCGAUCCCAGUCCGAGAACAGUCUGCUGGGCCAACGCGGAGUGUCGGAACGCAAAUAUAACACGGUAGAGAGGGACGGCGUCCGGCCCAGCCAACCUAAAGCCAAACGGCCACCGGCAGGUACUACAGGAUACCGACGUUGGCGCUCCACUUUGGAGCUCAGCCAGGAUGAAGCCGAGCCCCCGGCGGAGCAAAGUUCCCGACGCUCUCGCAAGCCUCGUCCCGCGCCCCCACCCUACACGUAUGUCCAAGGACCAGCUCACCAUCCCCAUCACCACCACCAUCACCACCACACUCCACACCAUCAGGCAGAUUACCUCGAGCGCGCUCCCAUCUGCCGACCUGAGGACGGCUACGGACACCCUCCCCCGGGUGACUCGGAGUCCAGCCUCAGUGAAGCGGACUCUCCAGGCUCCAGUUCACUUUCCAGUGACUCUGAUGAGAGUGGUGGGCUUGUGUGGCCUCAGCAGUUGCCUCCUCAACUAGCCUCUCAAUCACCCUCUGCACCAUCUGGAGCACCACUGCAGCCCAAAGCCUUUGUCAAGAUCAAGGCCUCCCACGCUCUCAAGAAGAAGAUCCUUCGCUUCCGCACAGGUUCCCUCAAGGUCAUGACCACCGUCUGA